CACUAUAUAUAAAUUUCAGCCGUGUCCCUAAACCCUAAUUCCUCUUUGCAUAACCCUAGUAUUGAAGGAGGUGAUGGCGCCAAAGCAGCCGAAUACAGGGCUAUCUGUUGGGCUAAACAAAGGCCAUGUUGUCACCAAGAAGGAGUUAGCUCCACGCCCUUCCGACCGAAAAGGGAAAACAAGCAAAAGAGUCCACUUUGUGAGGAGCCUUAUCAGAGAGGUUGCUGGAUUUGCUCCAUAUGAGAAGAGGAUUACUGAGCUUCUCAAAGUUGGAAAGGACAAGCGUGCCUUGAAGGUAGCCAAGAGGAAGUUGGGUACUCACAAGAGGGCAAAGAAGAAGAGAGAAGAGAUGUCUAGUGUUCUCCGUAAGAUGAGGGCUACUGGAGGUGCUGAAAAGAAGAAGUGAAGCUUGUUUCCUCCACAAUUGAUGAUUGAAGAACCCAGCUAAUUCACUAGCUUUUAUAUUUGCAAUGUGCUUUUGUUUUCAAGAAAGGAGACUUGUGAUUAGAAGUUCCCCAUUGAUGUUUCAUGACGAUUUUGGAACUAGUGAUAUUUUAGACAUUUUUGCAAA